AUGUGCAACGCGCUUGGUUGCGCAUGCUGGGGUCCGAUUGGCCCUUUGCCAAGCGUGGUAGUUCAAAGCCACGCCCGGUUUGGUGCGCUCGCACCGGUUUCCAGCCGCACUGCCGUUGGCUCGUUCAUUGAUCGGUUUCACUGGCCGCAUCCGAUCAGCCAUGAUUGGCCCACUGCAGAGCCCCAACACCUCGCCUUUCCAGGUCGCGGAACCGGGAACGGUCACCGCUGGCAGCAGGAUAUCAAUAUCGAGGAGUCGCUCGCUCAGAGGCUCGCCUUCUUCAAUGCAUCCACGAUGGCCAGCACCACCUCAGAUGCCACCAUGCAGUUCUCGGGAAAGGACCUGGAAGACAUCCAGCGCGUGGCUGGUCUGUUGAACCUCACUGUGGACGAGUUGCUGCAGCGAAGGCGAACCCGAUCACACGAUACUGCUACGAACAGUCCUCUCCAGCAACCCGUGCUGGGAGGUCUGCAUCGGGGAUACUCGCCGUUGCAGUGGGAGAACGGCGCCUCUACAGGCCAGCAGCUCGCAUAUCGGGACCUAGGCUCGGACACCGUCGACUUGGGAGACUUUGAAUCAUCAGGUUCCGGACUCGAAUCGCCCGACUUUUUGCUUCCAUCCCCUGUCUUGGUCGGCCAGGACCGCACAACGGAAGUCUUUCUGCUAAAUCCUCAGACAACCCGCUAUGACUGCGAUGUGCCACUAUCAGGCUUCGACCAGCCCGCUGGUGGAAGCUUCGCUUUCGACCGUACGACGGCAGAUCCCGAGGCGGACGGGGAGGAACCACACGACUCCGCGGUACGGAUGGACAUCGAUUCUGGGUCACAUGUUAGCGAUCAUACCGUUCAAGAACAGGGGGACGGGUGUCUCUUGGAUGAUGUGUCGACGGACUGGGCUUUGGUCUCGGCUUCUCCGGAGUCCUCGGUGUGCCUAACGCCGAUCUCAGCUUCCACCAGUUCGGCGAACAAACGCUUUUACAAGAUUGCUCCGAGACUCUCCAAGUCCAGUUCGCAAUCUGCCUCGGAGAGCGGUUCUCACCGUGUGAAAAAGAAGCGUAGUCCCUACGAAGGAAGCAAAAGGAUUGACACCCAUCUCACACGCCAGCUCCACGCCUGCGUGAGAUGUAGGAUGCAGAGGAAUAGGUGUAUCCCUGACCCGACAAACCCUCGCGGUCCCUGCCUGACCUGCCAGCAGAGGACUGUUCGGAUGAGCCGGCUACCGUGCCUUCGGUAUAUGGUGACCGACAGCACGUUGUUUCGAACGGGGCUGGACUACAUGCCGUUUUACAGGGACCAUCCGAUGGUGGGGCCUCAUUACGGUGACUUCCACCUCGAACGGCAGUGGCUAGACGUCCCGUCCAAGUUUCUGUGCUUGGGCCAGGUUGGCUCCUUGCAUUUCAAAGUCGAAUUGAAGAGAUUUGUUCCACCUGCGCACUCCCGCGACGUUGAUCUCAAGGGGCGGUCCAUGUAUGCCGUUCCCUGGGCUAUAGCCGAUCCCGAGGCUGCCGUUGAAGCGAUCACCGAGUACAUCGACCGGGCAAAAAGAUCAUACCUGGCAGCCUACCUCGACGAUACAGAUCCCCUAGUCUGGAACAUCUUCGAAGCGGCCUACCGCGCGUCCGUGUUUCCUGUUCCCAACGAGAUGCUACAAAAGACGCUGCGCCUUUGGGUCGCGUGCCGAUUUAUCGAGUCCAAGUGGCGAUGCUGGGCCGAGUCUGGCUGGGCCGACAGCGAGAUCCGGGAGGCGAACCCACAGGAUCCGUUCUACCGGGAUCUCGACUCGCUGCCUCCCUACAUCGACUACCAGCUCGCUUCUAUCAUCAUCCACCGUAUCCUCGGCCCCCUUAGAAAGGACGUUCUCCGUGAACUCCAGAGCACGUUUAAUACCCACAGCCCAAAGGAUUGGUUCGCUACGUUUCUGACAUCCUUUAUUCUCCUGCAAAACUACGAGAUGCAGAUGUUGUUCCAGAGGCAGUUUGCCGCAAGGAGAAGAGCGCGGGUGCAAUAUUUGGACAUGCCACUUGUUCGGGCGACGAACUCCGGAGCGAAAACCAUCCUAGCGCACUUCCACUACUGCUACAAGGGGCAGCAGCUGUUCUCGCCGGGCUUUGACUGGAACUCCCCGAGGGUUCGCAGGAUGGCGCGGCUGGACCUCGAGCAGACUCAGUUCAUGGCGCAAUGCCGCGACGUCGUGGUCAAGAAAGCUCGCAUCUUUCACAGCAUCAACAACAGCGAUGUGUAUCACGAGCAGUGGUGGUACACAAGCCAGCUCUUCGACCCGGACUGGACGCCACGCGACACGCUAGAACAUGCCCCGCCGGCUGAAGCCAAUCAUUGGCCCGCGGAAGUCCAGGGAGAUCUCGCUUGGGGCCCUUCCUCCUUUGCAUCGCCUGACGACUACACCCUGACUCUCACCGAGCAAGAGAUAUCCGAGGUCAAAUUUGGCCUGCAGCACUUCAACGACCUCGGACUGUACGGAAGCGAAGUCACACCGGACACCUUUCCCCUGCCGAUACUCGGCCCAAAGCUGCAGCGGAUUGCUGCCGAUAUCCACCACGGGAAGGGGUUUGCCGUGAUCCGGGGCCUGAAGCCAGACGAAUUGUCGCCCGAGGACAAUGUUCUCGUGUUUCUCGGUAUCUCAAGCUACAUCGGCGUGCAACGGGGCCGGCAAGACGAAGAGGGCAACAUGUUGAUGCACAUCCGAGAUGCGAAGCUCUCCAAGACGGCGCAGAAAGAUCGGCCUACCAGAUACUCUUCCCGGGCAUCGACCUUCCACACUGACACUUUCUGCGACAUUUUGGCCCUGCAAACCCGCAACAACGCCUCCAGCGGCGGCAAGAAUCUCCUGGCCUCUUCCUGGACAGUAUACAACGAAAUCUCACGCAGUCACCCGCAGCUCCGAGAGCUGCUCGCCCAGCCAGUCUGGUCCUUCGAUAGCCGCGGCAAGUUCCUCCCCUCAAAUACCCGCCCACUCCUCUACCACCACGCCAGCCGCAUCAUUAUGAACUUUGCGCGCGAGCCCCUGCUCGGACUAGACGGCGUCGCCCGUAACCCGAGCCUGCCGUCGCUCACGGACGAGCAGCGGCGCUCGCUGGACGUAGUGGAGGAGAUUGCGCGGCGCAACCAGAUCGUGCUGGAGGCGCAGCGUGGGGACCUGCUGUUUAUUAAUAACCACGGCGUGCUGCACUCACGGGAGGCGUUUGAGGACUCGGCGGCCGCGCCGAGGUAUCUUGUCAGGAUGUGGCUGAAGAACCCGGAGAUGUGCUGGGAUCUGCCGAGGGGUCCGUUGCGGGAUGGGAACCGCAGGAUUUAUGACCGGAGUGGGUCGGAGGAGUUGGGGGAGCAGUGGAAUAUCGUGGACAUUCCGAGGGAUGUGUUUCGGCUGAGUGAGCGGCUUACUUCUUGA